AUGGCACCCCACGCAGCUGCGAACGAUGUGGCCCAGAAGCCGGCCGUUGUUGAGGGGACGUUGACCGUUGCGAAUGUUGCCGCCAAUCGAACCAGGUUUCCUCUUCCAAAGGGCGUUGCGGCAUUCUCCGACAGUAGCAUGUUCAAGAGUGCUGCAUCUGCAGCUAAACCAAAGGCGAAAAGAUGGGAUCACUAUAUUAGUGCUGAGAGUAAAUUGCGAAAGCCAUCUACUUUGAAGCAGAUCGCGCAGUACUUGCAGCCAGGCAUGCUCUCUCUAGGAGGCGGCCUUCCAUCCCAAGAAUACUUCCCAUUCCACGAGAUCAGCGCCAAAGCACCCAGCCCAAGCCAAUUCGCCGACCCUGCCCCCGCAAACCCCGAAUGCUCUGUUAUCUCUACGAAGCACGAUAUCAUUGACGCCACAAGCGAGUUCGAUCUCGAAGUUGCGCUCAAUUAUGGACAAUCAGUCGGAUAUGCUGCCUUUGUCAGAUGGGUGACAGAACAUGUCGAGAUUGUGCACAACCCUCCCUACGGUGAUUGGGAUCUUACACUGGCUCCUGGAAGUACUCAAGGAUGGGACUUUGUACUCCGCAUGCUAUGCAAGCCAGGCGAUAUCGUUCUCACGGAAGAAUACACCUUCUGUUCCGCAAUGGAAGGCGCUGCUGCUCAAGGAGUGAUUCCAUUCCCAGUAAAGGUUGACGCCGAGGGCCUACUCGCAUCUUCUCUAGAUGAGAUACUCACCAACUGGGACCCCGCUGCUCAUGGCGGGGCACGCAAGCCAUUCGUCUUGUAUACCGUACCAUCAGGCCAGAACCCUACGGGCGCCACACAGAGCGCCGAGCGACGAAAGGAGAUCUACAAAGUUGCCCAGAAGCAUGAUCUUAUAAUCUGCGAAGAUGAGCCGUAUUAUUUCCUUCAGAUGGAGCCGUACAAGGGGCUCGGUACACCCAUGACCCCACCACCAGCGUCGACCGAUGAGUUCCUGAAGACUUUGGUACCAUCUUUCCUCAGCAUGGAUACCGAUGGACGCGUUAUAAGACUGGAUUCAUUCUCAAAGGUCCUCUCGCCUGGCUCCCGUGUCUCGUUCGUCGUUGCUUCUGCCCAGCUCACAGAGCGUAUGAUCCGACAGGCGGAGACAUCCACUCAAUCCCCCAGCGGAAUGGCACAGAUCUUACUUUACAAGCUACUAGACGAGGCAUGGGGCCAUGAGGGCUAUAUUAAAUGGUUGAUCCAUAUUCGCGUGGAAUACACCAAGCGCAGAAACUGUAUCAUGGAUGCAUGCGAGGAAUUCUUACCAAAGAGCGUAGCCACCUUCAACCCUCCGACGGCAGGCAUGUUUAACUGGAUCCAGAUUGACUGGAAGAAACACCCCGCCAUCAAGGAAGGAAAAGACCACGACGCAAUUGAAGAAAUGAUCUUCCUCGCAGCCGUUGAUGCAGGCGUCCUUGUUUCACGCGGCACCUGGUUCUUGGCAGACCAAUCAGCUAAACAAGAGGAUAUGUUCUUCAGAACGACAUUUGCAGCUGCCCCUGCAGACCAGAUCAGGGAAGCCAUUAAGCGAUUUGGCUCGGUCCUCAAUGCUCAGUUCAAUAUCCAAUGA